AUGCCGUCUUCGCGCAGGCAUCGCCGCUGCAUUCUGGGAACUUUAGUGGUGGUGGUGGCGGUUUCUGGGUUUUGCAAUGACACGCGUGGGUAUGCUAUGAAUUCCGGUCAGCAUGAGGCGACAGAGAUGGCAAUGUCGAUCCCGCAUCCGGAUGACGUCACUGCCCUGGUGGAGAAAGUUGAAAGACGAGCGCGCUCUCUUUGGCAUGGCCAGCAUUGCCAGCACGCCAAGUGGAGUGAUCCUUUGGCUUUGGCUGGCUUUGCUGCAUUCAUAACUAUAAGCACUGCAGUUGCUGCGAUCUUCAACGAAGCAAGGGGCUGCCGGGCAAACGCAAGUUGGGGAAGACCAAGGAGGGCGAUGAGGCCAAUGAGGCGUGCUACAUCAGGGGAACUUGCAGUGACGCUUGCCGCACUUAAUCCUGAUCUUCCUGGGCUCUAA